AUGUUCGCCCCGCAGGGGAACAAUGGUUCGGAAAUUGGAGAGGAAUUGCAAAACCUCGGAGAGACUACCCCGCAAGAGAGCUCGGAGGGAGUUAUCAUGCAGACGGGUGUAGCAAGGGUGGAGGCUGUUGCUCGCACAUGGACGAGACGUUCUCUUUGGUUUGCAUAUGCUGGAAUAUUUCUUAUGGCGAUUUGUACAUCGUUGGAUAUUCAGGUUACUAGUCUACUCGCAUACAAUGCUACUUCAUCAUUUGCGUCACAUUCACUAUUGUCUACUGUUGGUGUCAUUGGAAAUGUUCUCAAUGCUGUUAUUCAGCCACCAAUGGCCAAAGUCGCGGAUGUCUUUGGCCGUAAAGAAGCCUUUGGAAUCUCAAUGCUCUUGUAUGUCUUGGGAUAUAUCCAACAAGCCGCCUCUAAAAACAUCGAGGCAUAUGCCAGCGCUCAGAUUUUUUAUGCUGCUGGUUCAACGGGACUGAGAAUUUUGCAGCAAAUAUUUAUUGCAGAUACUUCGGAUCUGUUGAAUCGUGCAUUAAUCUCGUCAUUGCCGGAUACGCCAUUCUUGGUUACUGUAUGGAUUGGACCAGAGAUUGCUGGGAAACUGGGAACUCCCCUUUGGAGGUGGGGAUAUGGUAUGUGGGCUAUAAUUACACCUAUUCUUUCGUUGCCGCUUUUCAUAGCUUUGUGGGUAAAUCAGCGGAAAGCUGCAAAGGCUGGAUUAAUCCCACAAUAUCCCUGGAAGCAAAAAGGGGCUCUUAACUAUAUCAAAAGUCUAUGGACAGAACUAGAUAUACUCGGAGUAUUGUUGCUAGUAGUAGGAUUCAGUUUAUUAUUGGUGCCGUUCACCCUUGCGGCCUCGGCGACCGGGAGAUGGAAAAAUGGAAGUAUUGUUGCUGCUAUUGCUGUCGGUGGUGUUUGCUUGAUCUUGUUCCCAAUCUGGGAGAUGUGGAAGAAGAUGGCCCCAACACCACUUUUAACUUUAAGGUUAUUGAAGAAUAAAACAGUGCUCUCGGGCUGUGCUCUAGGGUUUUUCUAUUUUAUGGCCUAUUAUCUAUCGCUUCAGCCGUACUUUUAUUCGUAUCUUCAGGUGGCUAGAAACACAGGAAGCGUUGCCGCUGGUCGUAUAACUCUUACCUUCUCCUUCGCAUCAACUGCCUCAUCAAUCGUUGUAUCUCUUUUUAUAAAGUACACCCGUCACUACAAGUACUUUAUGAUCGCAGGUAUCUGCAUUUAUGUGCUCGGAAUUGGUCUCAUGCUACGCUACCGCAAUGCCGACGCAAACACGGCACAGAUUGUCAUGACUCAAGUCGUCGUUGGCAUUGGCGGUGGUAUGCUGAACGUUCCUGCGCAACUUGGAGUUCAAGCCUCAUCCCUCCAUCAAGAAGUUGGCGCAGCUACUGCAAUAUUUCUGACAAUCGUGUCAUUGGGUGGUGCUGUUGGUAGUGCAGUCAGUGGCGCGAUCUGGACUUACAACAUACAAAAGAAACUUAGCCUAUACCUUCCGGAGAGUGCGAAGGGGGAUGUAAAGAGCAUAUUUUCCUCAGCAGUCGUGGCACAAACAUAUGCGAUGGGCACUCCUGAGAGAGUUGCAAUAGUCAGGGCGUAUGAUGAGACUAUGAGGAUUCUUUUGAUUAUUGCGGUCUGCGUCUGUAUCCCUAUGUUGCCGUUGGGGAUAUUGAUGGAGAACCAUAAACUCGAUCAAAUUGACCAAGGUGUUUCUGGGGUUGUUAUUGGAUCAUCCUCGAAAACAACAGCCGCUAAAGCCAGUCUCAGAGAGGGGGAGGAGGUCGGUAAAGAGGAGAUCAAUGGAGGAAGCAAGGUUUAG